AUGGCUGCGCAUCAGUUCCCCAUGCCAAACCCUCCGAGGACUCCCACCACGUCCGACGACGAGAUGGAUCCUCAAUUGGCCGAGUCGGGUCUGCGCAUCAAGCACGCAUACAACGAGUCUCCUGUUAGAUCGCGUCUUUCGGGCUCAUUCGACCGAGUGUCUUCCUCACCGCCAGACACAAACACCUCCUCUAUGAACACUGGCCGUACCGACCUCACCUCGCCCACCUUUUCUCUAUCGACUCCUGCGGACGCAUACAGCCCCUUUACACCACAAACUGUCAUCAGUGAAGGAGAUGAAUCGUCUGAGAAAGAGGAGGAGCCUAUCGUCACCGCCGCAAACCCCUUCAAUUUUACGACUCAGCAAUACUCUGCUGCUUUAUCACCCGCAAAACCUGACAUCAACGUCGGAAAGCGUCGCGGUCACAAGUACAAGCACUCGAGUGUAUCGCAUCAAAUCUUCAUCGAGCCUGCUCCUCGCGCCCCUCUGCAAUUACCAGCCUCCCUACCGGUACCUACUCGCAAUGAGGUCCAACACAGCAUGUCAUCAAACCAAAAAGCCCGUCUCGCGUGGUGUUUCUGCCACUUCCUUAUCGCCGCAUACGUGCAAUGGAGUGCUUCCGGCUCUCUUGCCAUGACUGCCCUUUCGCGACUACUAUUCUUCGACGCUGCUGGCGCUAUUGCCUGCGUCUUGGUCGAGACUAUGGGAAACUUUGAGGUCUGGAAGCGUUCCAGUGUCAAGCAUCCUUUUGGACUGGAACGACUUGAUGUGCUCGUAGGCUUCGGUCUCGCGGUCUUCAUUGGCUUCAUGGGUCUGGAUGUCUUGUCUCACGGUAUCCAGCAUUCUCUCGAGAACCUUGGCUCUCAUGUCGCUCAUUCACCUCAUGCUCAUCGUCGCAUCUCUGCUGGUUCUGUCGAUGUUUCCGCUCUUCUCGCAAUACUCGUCACUCUCAUCUCUGCCGUCGUGCUCAAGAAUCAUGCUCGCAUUGGAAGAGCUAUGCGUAUUGAUUUCAUCUCAUGCUGGGGCACUGUUCUGAGCAACCCUAGCCAUCUCAUCACUUUAUCAUGCUCUACCCUUCUGCUCUUGCUACCUCUCCUCAGCAUCCAGGCUUAUCACUGGUUCGACGCUGUCAUGUCGUUUGCUAUCGCAGUUUCCAUGAUCGCAUUGGGAGUCCGUCUAGGCAUGUCGCUAUCAUCUAUCCUGCUCAUGUCGUACUCCGCACCUGCUGGAAGUGCGACUAUCAAGGACGUUGUCGCCGAAAUCGAAACCGAUAAAUUCGUUUCAGCGGUCCAAGACGCCAAGUUUUGGCAGGUUCACUACGGAUUAUGUAUGGCCAACUUGACUCUGAGAUAUAGAGCAGCUGACUAUGGUCUUGACCUGGCCAAAACAAGGGAAAGAAUUACCAGUCUCGUGCGAAACAGACUUGGUGGUGCUUACGGAUCUGGCGGCCUCAAGUGGGAGGUUUCGGUGCAGAUGAUCUCCGAAAGAGAUUGA